AUGAAGCGUGUCGUGAUCGUUGGAGCUGGUCCAUGUGGACUAGCAGCAUUGAAAGAAAUGAGGGAAGCUGGACAUGAGGCGAUUUUGUUUGAAAAGUCGUCAACUCUCGGUGGCGCCUUUGCCAGCUCGGCCGUUUAUCCAAACUUGCACCUCACAAUUUCCAACUGGGCAAUGGCAUUUUCUGACUUUCCCGAUCCCACAAGGCUACGCUAUUCGACAGGCGAGGAGUACUUGCAUUAUCUGCACAAGUAUACUAGUCAUUUCGGGCUCGAGCGUUUCAUCAAAUACGACACCAAAGUUGUAGGCGCAAGGUUGAAUGGGAUCACCUGGAAUAUUGAAACACUUCAAAAGUCCAUUCCUGAUGACGUCUCGUCAUUGGUCGAGGCAGAUGCUCUUAUCGUUGCGACUGGAGCCAACCAAGUACCAAAGGAUGCCCCAAGCGGACUUGCUGCUUUCAGCGGGAGAAUCAUACAUUCCAGUCAUUACGAUGAGACAUUCAAACGCGAAGUGGCGAACAACAACCUGCGUGUGCUCGUCGUUGGCGGUGGUGAAAGUGGUUCCGACAUAUCUGCCGAACUCGGUGAAUUGUCGCCAAAUGUGACUCUCUGGCUCAGGAGAGCUGUUUGUGUUGGCCCUCGAUACCUCACCAAGGCUAGCGAGAUGGGCCAAAUUGAAGCCAACAAAUCACAAAACUUUCCCGCCAAUGGUUUUCUCGAAGCAGCUACAACGAACCGCAUGAGUGCGGGUCAAAACGCAUACGCAUACGGCGUCUGGAGGAGGAUUCUGUGGCAUACGCCAAUACUCAACAAAGCUCUGAGACAAAUGUCCUUGGAAGCAACCGAGGCAGACUGGAUCAUGAAUGACCAGGCCACGUACGUGACGAAGAAUCAGCGGCUGUGCGAGGCGAUACAUGACGGGUAUAUCGAUGUGUUGGUCAGCCCAAAUGUGUCAAGUCGGGGGCAAACAUGCGAGUUUACUCUCAAGAAUGGACGUAAAGUGCAGCGAGACUUUGAUGCCAUUGUCCUCUGCACCGGUUAUCAUUCCGAAUUCGGUUGGCUGAAGAUCAACGACUUGAGCUCGAAUCCCCGGUCUUGGUUUUUGCAUUGCUUCCCUAAAGGUCUAGGGCAGCGCCUCUUCUUUGUAGGAUAUGCCCGGCCUCAUCAGGGAGGCAUUCCUGCCGUGGCUGAGAUGCUGUCCCGUUACAUCGCUUUGCUACUACGUGGUAGCAGAGCCUUGCCUCUUGACUAUGCCGACCAGGCACAGCGUGAUUCGAAAGCCGCGAGUGAAUACUAUCAUGUCAGUCCAAACCUCAGAACUUUGGUAGAUUACAAUGCUUUCAUGGAAAGUGUAGCACGGCGCAUUGGCUGCGAGCCUAGGCUGCCGGUGACGUGUGUCGCUUUGGUUCAGCUCAACUUGUUGGCUACGGCGGCGAUCGGAGGACGGUGCAUCUUGAGCCAAACAAACAGUUCAAUCUGGCCAGUACUUGCCCUAUGGAUGGCAACUGUGGCAGGAUUCUUCCUCUAUGAUGACGGCCUGCUUAUCAAAUGGUGGUUCUAUCCACAGUGGUCUGUAUGGUACCGCCAGCGAGGCCCAGGUGCCAGGCCGGGGUAUCUCUCCCACGUGCUAGGCCGUGUGAGGCUACGGCGAUCAACCAAGAUAAAUGCUGGCUUUGCGUUGCUGGUCGGUUGGAGUAUACCGACCUUUUAUCUUCAGCAGGUGUUAAAUAUGGUUCUCUUUGUGGCGCAUGUCAUCCUCGAGACACUCGGUCUUCCCUUCCCAAAGGCUUGGGGAGGUUUGUGGCGCCCCAAGCUUUUCGUUUUGCAUGGCAAUCCAUGGCGGAUCACCGAUCUUAUCAGGCCCUGA